UUGAAAAUUCAGGAGUGAGGUUGGGCUGGCUGGGUAUAUACUGAAAACUGUCAGUACACAGGUAACAUCUAAAACCACACAUCUGGUUUUAUUUUAGCAGUGACAUGUGUCACUCCCACAAAAGCCUUCCCAAUUGGCCUCGGCAUACACAGCAAGUCUCCUCCCCACAGCCCUCUACACAAAAACAAAUUCCUUAGUUUAGUUCAGGAGGAAAUGUGCCCUUUUCCUUCGGCUCUAGGUGACCGCAAGGCCCAGUUCUUGUCACCAAGAUGUUAAGGGAAGUUUGCCAAGGGGCAUCUGAAAGGAAAUAAGGGGAAAGGAUUGACCACAAAGGAAAGCCAAGAGAACCUUGGAGACACAUUCUAGAGCCCUGGCAUUUCACAACAAACUCUGGAACAAACCCUGUCUCAUCUUCAUUCAAGCCUCUGUUGGACAGAUUUUCUGACUGGCCGCGGAACAUAAGCUCAUUGAUGUCUUCCCAGUCUCCAGCUGAGUCAUACCUUGGUCAGAGGGAAUCUUCUAGUCCUCAGACAGGGCUUGCCUUUGACUGGCCCCUGCUGCUUACGUCCUUUGUGAAUCACAAGCGGUACCUCUUAAUGUACUCUGCCUUCACUCCUAAACGCAUGUGGCAGGCAUGUAAUGCUGCUGUUAGGCGCAUGGGCUGGGACUCGAAUAGGACUGAGUUCUAACCUUGGAUCCACCACUUACUAAUGCAGAGGUCUCAGGUAACUGACUUGAGUUUUUCCACAGACCAUAAAAUGAGAUUGACACUACUCCUUAAGUGACAAUAUUGAGUUAAAUGAGAAGAUGUAUAAAAUGCUCAGCACAGUAUUAGCAAACCGCAAACAAUACAAAGUCUCAAUUGUCCUCAUCAGUAAGUCAGCAUUUACCGAGUGCAUACUAAAUGAACGUGUUGUUUGUUCCAGCGCAUCUGUGAGAUAUCUCCUGCCUGUUCCUUUCCUUCCCCACAACAGAAGCUCCUUCACACCACAGCUCUCUCACAGCCUUACCCUUUCAGUCAAUACAUUCCUGCUAAAUGAAAUGCACUUUUCUCUCUUCUUAAAAAAAAAAAAGCACAAUUCAGCUCGUCCCCUGACAUUGCCCAAACUCCCUUCCUCUGCGAGACCUUUUUUGUCCAUCUGGCUUCCCUGCCUCAGUGUUGCCCGGGAGCCUGGACGACAGCCCGUAGACCUGCACGCCCCACUGCCUGCGCUCGUGCCUCACACCACCCCUCCGUCAACACAAAGCGGGCGCUCAGCAGCCCGCAGCCGCCCUCCAGGCGUCCUCUACGGGUCACUGAGGCCGCGGGGCCCGUCCUUCGGGCUCUCAGAACCCCGGCACCGUCCCUGCCCGCCCUGGCGCCACUCCAGCACCUCCACACCAGGCGCCCUAGCUCGAGACUCACUCAGCUCGACCACGGGAAGGGAAGGAGCGCGAACGCUAAAUCCCGUGCCGCGGAGAGCCAAACCCCCUGGACCGGAAAUGCCUAAUCUGAACUUCCGCCGUGCCCUUCAGCUCACCAACCAAUUGAAUUCCACGUUUCGUGGGUCCGCUCUAGGCGGCUGAUAGUACUCGAUGCUCUGGCAGUCCUUUUCCUUCCUGGUUAGUCCCUACAAGCCCUUGGCGGAAUCUGCGGCCCUAGUUGUGAACAAAGUCCACUAUGAUUUAAAACCUUGGAAACCUUCAAACUAUUCAGAAGUGUUUACUGAACACACAAGCAAAUGCUAUUGAGCAGAUGUUGCUACUCACAGCCUACCAUAUGCCAAGCAUUGCACCACGCACCACACUGGAGAGAUGGAGAAGAAAGGUGAGACACCUCCGUUAUUGGGCUUAGAGUCUAUUGGUGAGAGAAGAAUGCUAAAAAUGAUAUAACUUAUUUAAAUUGUAAAUACAAUAAGGUCUCUGAAGGAGGAAUGUAAUGGUGCUGGGUGAACCUAUAAUAGGUGCCCUGUUUAGUGGAUUCAUGACAGAGUAACUUCUAUGGGCUAAUGGCAGCAUACUCCAGGCAGCCUGGUCCUGUCCUCUUUACCUCUUCUGCUUGGUUCCAUAUAAUUCAGCAUUUUUUUUUUGAGAUGGAGUCUUGCUCUGUUGCCCAGGCUGGAGUGCAGUGGUGUGAUCUCAGCUCACUGCAACCUCCACCUCCCGGGCUCAAGUGAUUAUCCUGCCUCAGCCUCCCAAGUGGCUGGUACUGCAGGUGCAUGCCACCACACCUGGCUAAUUUUUGUAAUUUUAGUAGAGAUGGGGUUUCACCAUAUUGGUCAGGCUGGUCUUGAACUCCUGACCUCAUGUGAUCCACCCACCUCAGCCUCCCAAAGUGUAAUUCAGCACUCUUCAAUUAUACAUAUUGAAAUAUGCAUUUAGAAAAGUACUUAAGUCAUAAAUAUGUACAACUCAAUUUUGAGUAUGUGAACAAGAAAGUAACCACUAUCCACAUAAAAAUGCAGAGCAGAUUAGCCCCCAAAGCCUCCUUUGUGCCCACUCCUGGUUAUUACCUUCAAAAUGCUACAUAAUGAGAGGACUCAGGUGCCAUAUAAAACUAUAAAGGUGACAAUUGGAACAGAAAUUAAAAUCUUGCUAAAUAUUGGAAACUCAACAAUAAAAAGGAUUGAAACGGAAAGAAGAGUUAAUAUUGCUAUGGUUUGGAUGUGUGUCCCCUCUGAAUUUCAUGUUGAAAUGUGAUCCCCAAAGUUGGAGGUGGGACCUGGUGGAAGGUGUUUGAGGAUGGAUCUCUCACGAAUGGCUUGAUGCCUUCUUGGAGGUAAUGAAUGAGUUCUCACUUUGUUACUUCAUAGAGAGCUAGUUGUUUAAAAGAGGCUGGCUCCUCUCUCUUGCUCCCUUUCUUGCCAUGUGACAUGCCUGUUCCCUCUUAGCCUUCUUCCAUGAGUAAAAGUUUCCUAAGGCCUCACCAGAAGCUGAGCAAAUGCCAGCACCAUACUUCCUGUGUAACCUGAAGAACCAUGAGCCAAAUAAACCUCUUUGUAAAUUA